GGAUCACUUGAAGGCAGCACAAUAAGGUCAGUUGCACACUUCCGCCGCGGGAAAUUCAGUGCGUCAUUUUUUGUUUGGACGAGAGAGCAGAGCUGUAGAGUUAACUUCACAACAACAGACUGAUAUCGGCUUUAACUUGUUAUACAGCAAAAUGUCAAAAAAGAAAGGAUUGAGUUUGGAGGAGAAGAGAAGUCGCAUGAUGGAGAUUUUCUUUGAAACGAAAGAUGUGUUUCAGCUGAAGGACAUCGAGAAAAUCGCCCCUAAGACAAAGGGCAUAACUCCCAUGUCUGUGAAGGAAGUGCUGCAAAGUUUGGUGGAUGACAAUAUGGUAGACAGUGAGAGAGUUGGUACAUCCAACUACUACUGGGCCUUCCCCAGCAAGGCUCUGCACGCACGCAAACACAAACUGGAGGAGUUGGAAAAACAGCGUUCUGACGCAAAGCAGCGGAAAGUGUCCCUGCAGCAAGCCGUUGAAAAAGCGAAAGUAGGGCGUCAAGAUACAAAAGAUCGCGCCUCUCUGUUGAAGGAGUUAAAUGCUUUGAAAGAAGAACAGGCCAAACUGCAAUCUGACAUACAGAAGUACAAAGACUGUGACCCUGUAGUAAUUGAGGAGAUGAGAAAGUCAAACAUCACAGCAAAAGAAGCUGUUUCCAGGUGGACAGACAAUGUUUUUGCUAUCAAGUCUUGGGCGAAGAGGAAGUUCUCCUUUGAUGACAGUCGAAUCGAUAAAGCCUUUGGGAUACCUGAGGACUUUGACUACCUGGACUGACCACCGGCCUUUCUUCCACAGUUCAUGUCGAUGUGCUGCACACACCACUUAAACCAAGGAAAAAUAAUUAAUUCAAAGUUUAUAAACCUUUUCUCAGCUACAUAUUAGAUUGUGUUCUAUGUAUUAGAAUGGGACUAAAUGCCCCAGAAUUCGUGUUUAUGGCUUGGGAACAAGGCUUUGAAUAAAGACUGAUGUCAGGAAGCAACUCAGUUAUCCUGGAGGCACAGAGACUUUGCUGGAGGAUAUGUUGCUUUGGUGGAGCCAACGAAGGCGCUGUGCUGUCAGUUAGUGCCUGCGAGGGGUGAAGCAAGGUUCCCUAAUGCGCACAUAUUCGUGGCCUGACUUUUGGGACACCUGUUUACAUGAAAACUGAGAGCCUUGAGUUGGUGAUGGAAAUGGGCAGCCCCCAACAGUGUGAACCCACACAUACAGAUGUGUUUGAAAGGAAUCAGCACUUCAAACAUCGGUGUGAGUGCCAGUGAUCUCAUUAUAUGAUUUAAACAGAUGGUUAUGAAUUAAAUGUUCAGGCUCUUUUUCCUUCAAUCUUUUAUUAUCAUUAUAAUUAUUAUUAUUAUUAUUAUUGGCACCAGGAAAAAAAAGUUCAUACUUGUGCAUCUGUUGCUGCAGCACCUGAACUUAGUGCUCUUAACCUAUCAUUUAAUUAACAUACAGCUGGCGUCCACAAAAGGUGCACUGGAUCUUGCAGUGGGGCAAAGCUAGAAGGUUGGAAAUGUAUUUACACACAAAUAGAAAGUCCACUAAAAUGCUCUGGAGACAUUACUGUGGGUAUGUUUAUGUUCAUAUAUAUAUAUAUAUAUAUAUAUAUAUAUAUAUAUAUAUAUAUAUAUAUAUAUAUAUAUGCGUGUGUGCGUGUGUGUGUGUGUGUGUGUGUGUGUUGGAUGCACAAUUACUGUUGUGUGACAGCAUGAGAAAGAACGUGUUUCUCUGUUUCGUUGAAAAUGAUAUCACCUUUAGCAGAGUUGUUCAGGCAGUUUUCCUCAAAUUACAUUAGUGUUCUGUAUCAUAUUGUGGUUUAUGCCUACAGCAGGUCCUAUAUCUUAGUUUUUAUUGUUUUCGUGUACUUGCUAUUGCGUGGCUGCACGAGUGAGUGUAUACAUUUUUUUUUUCUGCUGGCAGUGGAAUGUUGCUUUUUUCUAACACAAGGCCAGCUUUUUCUGUGCUAUACACUCACUUUAUGUACAGAAAAGCCCUGAGGCAAAUGACUGUUUCGUCAACCUAAACACAAUAGGUAGUAGAGUUUGAAAUGUUGUGUUUACUCAAAGGCCUUCCUACAUGUGCUGACACUAGGAGAAAAAAGCUGGUGUUGUCUACCUGUCAUCCCUUAAAAUCUACAUUUCAGAUAUUCUGUAUGAUGAUUUAACUAUUUUCCUUAAAUAAAUAAAAAAGUAAACAAGCACAGUGUUGAUUCU